AUGGGUUCCUUGUCUGGAAUCCUUCAACGACCUUUAAUCGCCACCGCCGUUGUUGGCUUUGCUUCAUUUUCUUCCGACUUCUCUCUCAUACUUCCCUCUCACAAAUCCAAAUCCAACGACUCCUCCUCGGAUUUAUCAACUCCAACAACAUCUUUGUCAUCACACAUUUCGCUUUCUAAGCUUGCAAACCUCUCCUUUAUCUCCAUAAUUCAAGUACCUGUUCCCACCAUUAACUUCCCAAUUCCCAAUUCCCGCUGCAAUUCCCUCUAUUCUUCGGUUGCAUCUUCCCCCGCUCUUCUUAAGCUCUAUCACUCUGCAGACUUGGCCAAAGGGCCCAACCCAGCUGCAUGUAAGUAUGAUAUAUCACCAUCUGCUUCCGUCCCUAAGCAUGAUAUAUCACCAUCAACAAAGAUGAGGACUGUGGUGGUUUUGCUGGGAUGGUUAGGUGCAAAGCAAAAGCAUCUCAAGAGAAGUUUGCUUGUCCUUUCAUCCCUAUUCGAGUUCACUCACUCUUGGUUCUUUGGUGCCUAUUUUGAUGCUGACGGACUAGCUGCCCAGAAAAAUGUGUUCUAG